AGACAAAGCCCAACUUUGAAAAGUAUUUUAAUUAAUUUAAAGUUACUAGAUCAACAUAUCUGGGGAACAACAUGCCUUUUUCUGAACAAUGACAAGAAUGCAACUCAGAUGUCUGGCAUUACUGACUAAAACCCUUAAAUUUCUACCAGAAAGAUCAAGCAUUUUACGAAAGACAAAGGAAAACCAGACAAAAAAUACACCAAAAACUACAAAGCUAAGGAAUGCCAUAAUCUAACCAUGCACAUUGCUUCACAUGAAGUAAUUGAAGUAUACACUGUGGUCAUCUAUUAGAACGGAUGGCGCUAAUUAGUUACGUCAUUCUUGUGCGCCAUCCUUCACCUUGCCUGGGUUAUGGUGUCUAGUAUUUUAACCUUAUUUUACAGUGUAUAUCUUUAGGAUUAUGUUGAAAUGGUGAUGUGGCAGAUCGGGGCAACAUAAUUUCCUUUUGAGUGAACUGUGCUGGCCUGCGUUAAGUGUAAGCACAAUGUUGGGUGGAGCAGGUUGUCUUGAAGUAAGAAGGUAGUAGGCACACUAUGUGAAGAAGAUGUUGAGAAAAUUGUAACUGUUCUGUCUGACACACAUCAUGGCAUCUCGUGUAGUAAGGCGUGCUGUGCGCCUCAUUGGGGCAUCAUUUGUUGUUGCUCCUGUUAGUUCUGCUGUACCUGGCAGUGCAGUAAACUGGAGAGGACUGAAGCAAGGUUACAGCCUGUCACCUAUUGCACGUUUACAUGUAUCUUCAUUCCACCAUGGGGAUAGAAUUCUGGCAGAGGAACAGGUGAUAAGCAGAGUGCCUGAGCGAACAGAACUAGAUGGGUUGAUCGAGUCUGCUGACUCUGUAGAAAACUUACUGCAUUUGAUAAAUGAUCAUAGUUUUAAGGGUAACCAAGCAGCAGUCCUUGUAAACCACCUCUCUCGAAUUGCAGCUGAUAGGAAAAUGGAAGGUGGUAGCAUCCUUCAGGAUAAUCGUUUCCAGAAACUUCAGAGUACCCUAGAGGAUGAGAUCUCCACUGUUUGGAAUGGAAACUUGGUCAGCCUCCUGCGGAGCCUGUACUAUCUGGGGCAGAAUGACAGGAACAAGACUUUGAGAUUAGUAGAGAAUGAGGUGCACUGGAGAUUGAGGAGACUCGGCUUCAAGCAUUUAGCCACCUUGGCUGAAUUUUAUGUUACUUGCGUGAGGACAGCUGGUCAGAAGGCACUUAUGGAUGACAUCAUUAAAAACCUAGAGCUUCGAUGGACAGAAAUAGAAGAUGCUAAAUUAGUGGCAACAUUGAUGCUGAAAGUAGGACAUUUGUCUACGACCCUUAUGGAUAGAUUGGAAGACAAGGGCCUUGAACUAGCUGAGCAUUUUACUCCUGAGGAUACACGGAAAAUGGCAUUAGCUUUGGCUCAACAGAAUCGACGUUCUAUCCCAUUACUUCGGGCUCUUUCAUACCACCUUAUGCAGAAGCACUUUGACUUCCGCAGCAGUUUAUUAGUAGAUUUGGCAUUUGCUUAUGGGAAACUGAAUUUCCAUCAGACUCAAGUUUUUCAGAAACUGGCAGCAGAACUUCUUUCCAGAGUGCCCGAGUUGAGUCCUGGUGAUGUAAUGAGGUGCACAAAGUCAUUUUCUUACCUAAAGUGGUUGAAUCUUCCCCUGUUUGAGGCCUUUACACAGCAUGUCAUGGACAACCUUGAAAAGUACAACCCACUACAUUUAUGCAACAUCAUCAUGGCUUUUGCUCGUUUGAAUUACCAUCCUGCCAAAGUAGAUUCUUUUUUUGGUGUGGUACUGGAGAAGCUUGAAUGUGUCCUGGCUGAUUUUGACAGAUUUCUCUUGAUAGACCUAGUAUGGUCUCUUUGUAUAUUGCAGCAGGUCAAGACAUCCCACCUACAGAAGGUGCUGGAGCCUGUCAUGUACAGUGCUUUUGUAGGUAAAUACAGUGAGGUGUUGCUGGACUCUGACAAUAAACCCCUGCCUUUAAAUGAAUUUGUGGCUCCACAUGUUCUUCAUUCUGAAGGAAUCAAACCACUCCCACAAGGGGCAAGGAGGUUGGCUUUUCUGUGUUGGGAAUUUCCAAGCUACUGCUCAAGAAGUAAAGAUUUACUUGGCCGAUUUGUGAUGGCACGACGGCAUUUACAAGCUGCUGGCUUUUUGAUUGUGGAUGUUCCUUACUUUGAAUGGCUAGAACUGAAGUCAGAGUGGCAGAAGGUGGCCUACCUGAAAGAUAAGAUGGGAAAAGUUGUGGCUGAGGACAUGGCUAGGUGAAGCAACUUUCCAAAGAGUACUCUAUGACUCGAUUACUUCAAGAACUUUAGUUGGACAAGGAGAUGCAUAACAGAGUUGAUCAUGCAAAGUACAAAGAUGGACUACAGUUUUUUUAGGACACAUUUGUUGCUUUUCCUUUUUCUACAGACGUAGAUCUCUAUUUACCAUUGAAAGAGAACUUUAUAUAUGAAAAAGACAAAUGAGUUUAAGAACAAAUGUGAAUGAUUGUACAGGAAGAAACAAUGACACUGUUUUUGAAGCUGCUGUUAGGCAGGGUUCUUCUGCUUCCUGCAACCACUUUUUUUCAUUCCACACCCAAAAUUUUCUUUCUUUCUCCCUGUACAAUAUUUUGUGAAGCUGAUACAUUAGAGUUCUGAAGUUGUUCAGAUCAGAAUUUUGUGGAAAUUAUGGCCAUGUGGUCCAGCAUUGCACAGGACAAACUGUAUCUCAUGAAUAUUUGAAUGCUUUCACAACUGAAAAUUGUGAGUUUUGGCUUGAGCAGUCUUACAUGGGUUAUUGUAAAACUUUGGAACAUGCAGAAUUGUAUAUCGAGUGUGAAGACAUAAUCGUCUUUCAUACCCACCCAAUGUAAUAUUAAGCUUUGUGAGGUGUUUAUUACUGCUAAUUCCUGAACUAAGAACCAAACACAAAGAUAAUUGAAAAUGCCAACCAAAGCAGUAGAGUCCGAGCCAAGUGUCAAUCCUGUGCAAACAUCUGUUUUUAUUGGAGUAUUAGUCUGUUCAGUGUUUACCACAGUGUGGAUCUGGUUUUUGCUGUCUCUUGGAUCGGAUUUUACUGGUUUGGUUGGUAAUUCCUGAACUAUCUUACAUGCUGUUGAUGUUUACUGCUGGGCACCUCCAUAGUUUGGGGCAGUUAUGAUAAGAUAAAUGGGUUGACAUUGCUGUAUUUAUUAACAUUUUCCCACAAUUGUUACACCUUUUUUCUCUACUGGAUUCUUGGGCGUUCCUAAGUAGCUUAUCAACCAAACUCUAAUGUUUACCCUGAAAGUGUAACAAACAAAAGUUGUUAAAAGAUAGAGGACUAAAAUCAUUGCUUUAGUGAAGGCUUUAUUUUCCGAAUCUUAAUUUUGCCUUCCAGACAAUUUUCUUUUAUUUUAAUAUUGUUGACUUAUCUUUUAACAGUACAUUAGAAGAAUAUUUGCUAGGGAGGUUGGCAUAAUGGUUAAGGUGCCUACUUUACAAACACAAGGUGCACGGCUUGAUUUUCGCAUGGGGUAAUUGGCUAAGCUUAAAAUGACUCACAAGGGCAGUUAGCCUGAGCUGACAAAGCCAACAUUUUUAGGAAAGGCUUUGUUUUCAGUGCUAUUUUUUACUUGGCUAUUUCCUGCACUUCAGUGAUGUUUUGAAGUGCUAGCUGUAGUGGGGGAAAAUUGCUGCACUGGCAUCUCUCUAGUUAUAGUCCCUGUCCACUUCUAGACAUAAAGCCCCAAGCAUCCUGAACAUUUGCUGAUCCAUUCAUGCCAUUUUCCCAAGUUUAAGCCCAGCGUAAUCCAUUAGAGUGAGAUCCCCUACUUUUGAGUAGAAUUACUCUUAUUGCUUGUUUGGGCAAGUGUUUCAUGUGCGUGUCUAGCCAUCAUAUAUGUGGCAGGAGAGAAUCAUAGUUUAUUCCCUAUCCAUGCUGGGGUUUCCUAAAAUGCAGUGCACCACAUCGAUUGGCCUGAGGACAUAUUCUGCUGUGCAUAUCUAGCCCCCCCACUAGAUGUGCCAGUGUACCUGUUACGUCAGCCACACAACGAGAGUGCACACACACUGUCUGCUUCUGUACCUCUUCCCACAGUACCACACACAUCUGUCACAGUACCAUUUACCUAAAGACAUACACAACACACAAUGUCUGCAAGUGUAUAUCUUGUACAUCUCCCCACAGUCCCACACACACAAACACGCACACACACACAUACAUUAUCUACCAGUGUACAUUUUUUCCUCAGCCAAAGACAGACACACAGAGAAUAGAGUUUGUUGUUUAAGUCGUAGUUUCUGGCCACACCCAUGGAGUUUGCUUACAGCAGAUUACCUAUUCCAUCCCCCAAGGAAGGAGCUGGUCUUCUCUUGAAAUGUAUAACUGUAGCCAAAGCCGCUGAUCAGUCUGUGUGAUCAGUGUCAUUUUGCUUAAUAAUAUCCAAACUUACUUCAGUACUGAAUAUUUAUGUCAUUGAAAAUGCAUUAGAUAUUUAAUUGGUGUGGCAAUACAAUUUAUGAUUGUAUAUGAUUGUAUAUAUUUAAUGGGGUAUAUUUUGAAAUCACAAACAGUGCAAUCCAGUAACAAAGAAGUAGUAAUUAACUUAAACCUUUUAUGCUGAGAGAGACCAGUCAUUUCUUCUAACAUAUUUUAUCAAAUAAAAAGGUGGUUGAGCUUUUACUUUUUAAAA